GCCGUCGUCCAUCGAGCACCUCGCCACCGCUGCACCAGUCCACGGCGUCGUCGUCCAUCGAGCAGACGAGCACCAAUACACGGCGCCGUUCCUUCCGACCGGUGACCGUGCAUCCUUGCCGUUGCCGAGUGCCGAUCAAGCGAGUGAGUCGAGCGACCAGCCGACCAGCCGACCACCAAGCAGCAGCCAGCAGCAGUGUCCAGUCGUCCAAGCAGGCAAGCCGCAAGCAGCAGCACAACUGCAACUGCAAGCUGCACGCCGUCGUCCAAGCAGGCAAGCACAACUGCACAAGCCGAUUUGCGCGUUGCGCCAGCAAGCUGCAAGCUGAACGCCGACGCCCUGUGCUCGCCUGCCCGGUGCUUGGCUCGUGGUGUAGUGAAGGCAACAUUGAAGAACGGCACCAACAUCGGAAGAAUCUUGCAAUGUAUGUGUUAAUUGUUAAGUGCUCACUGCUCAGUGUUUCAUUUUUUUUUGUUCUAGCAGAUUUGAUCAGUAGAGAUAAUAGUGUAGUACUCGUGCGAAUGGUGAAUUGGUAAUACACUAAUAGCUAGGAUCAGUAGAACUAGUAGUGUAGUACAUGCUUGUCCUCGUACAGUACUAAUUCUAGUGUGUUCUUGUACUAAUGUGUUCUUAUGUGAAUUGGUAAUACUGCGUGUUUCCUUCUUGCACAUGAGAUGUUUUCCUUGCAUCAUGUAUUCAUCUUCCUUAUUGACUUACUAUGUGUGUCCUCCUUUUUAAUAGAUGCCUGAACCUGAAGACAUAUUGGAUAAGGGUAUGGAAUCAGUGGGCACUGGCACUCUAGAAAAUGAUGGGACACAAACACAACCAUCACAAUCACAAGGGGCUGCUGAUCAAGAUGUGGUUGACCUUGACAAGGAUUGUGCACAACAUGAAAGGAAGAAGAUGGCACCAAGAUCAGAUGUGUGGAACCAUUUCACCAAGAUCAAAGAUGAUAAAGGCAUUAUGACAGCUGCAAAAUGCAAGUACUGCCAUCGCAACAUGAAAGCAGACUCUAAGGGACAUGGUACAUCUGCCUUGAAGAGACACCUACAAAGUUGCAAGCACAAUCCUAACAAGUUUGAAAAAGAUGGAAAGCAAGGAUAUUUACAAGCAAUUCAAGGGGAAGGUGUUUCUACUUGGAGGUUUGAUCAAGAUGCACUUAGGGAGGCCUUCGCUGAGAUGAUUAUUGAAGAUGAGCUGCCUUUUGCUUUUGGUGAAAAGCCUGGCUUCAAGAAAUUCAUGUCUAAAGCUUGCCCACGUUUCCAAGCACCAUCUAGAAGAACAUGCACUAGGGACAUAGUAUCCCAAUUCUUUCGAGAGAAAACCAAAUUAAAGUCUUUUUUUAAAGACUCAUGUCAAAGAGUUUGCUUAACCACAGAUUGUUGGACUUCCCAACAACAAGAUGGUUAUAUGGCAGUGACUGCAACUUUUAUAGAUGAGGGUUGGAAUUUGCAUAAAAAAAUCAUUGGAUUUUUUAAGGUUAAGGGACACAAGGGAGAAGAUAUUGGAAAAAGUUUAUUGAAAUGCCUGACUGAAUGGGGAUUGGAGAGAGUGAUGACAGUAACAGUUGAUAAUGCAUCAGCCAAUGAUACUGGUAUUGCUUAUUUGAGGAGGCACCUAGGAAGAACCCACAUAGCAAAAGGAAACUUUCUGCACAUGAGGUGUGCUGCCCAUAUUAUUAACCUUAUUGUGCGAGAUGGUUUGAAAGAAGUGGACACAUCAGUGAAGCGUGUUAGAGGUGCUAUUAGAUAUAUCAAAGAUGGGACUUCAAGAUUGGUUAAGUUCAAAGAAAUUGCUGAGGAAGAGGGGUUGAACACCAAGGCAUUUCUAAAGCUUGAUGUCCCAACUAGAUGGAACUACACCUAUCUCAUGCUUAAAGCUGCAAUUGCAUAUGAAAAGGUAUUCUUAAGGUUGAUUGAUGAGGACAAUAACUAUUGUAUAGACCUUUCUGAAGAAAGGAAGGGUGAUGGUUACCCUGAUGAAGGUGAUUGGGAGAAUGCAAAAAAGAUGGCAGAGUUUCUUGAGCAUUUCCAUGACCUUACUGUACGUGUUUCAUCUAGUUUACAUGUGACUAGCAAUAGUUUCUUUCAUGAGAUUGGUGAAGUCCACUUGCUUAUUAAGUCUUGGAUGAGUAGUCAAGACAAUCUACAAGUAUCAAUGGGCAUGAGAAUGAAAGAAAAAUUUGACAAGUAUUGGGGGGUUUGGCACACAAACAAUAAGGAGAAUGAGUAUGUGCAAGAGAUGGAGUCGGAGAAGGAGAGGGGAAAGGCGAGGGGAAAGGGAAAGGAGAAGGAUAAAGAGAACAUUAAUCUACUCAUUUUUGUUGCAGCUUUCCUUGAUCCAAGGUACAAAUUAUCUAUGUAUACGAAGAUUAUAGUUGAGGAGAUAUUUGGUGAGGACAGGGGCCAGUUAGUUUGGGCAGCUAUUAACUCUUGUGUCCGUGAGCUGUUUGAAGAAUACAAAAAUAUUUAUGCUCCAACUGAAGUAACAACUGAAGUAACUGAUCCUAGUGAAGCAAAGGGUGGAAGAGGAGGCAAACUUAGAGAAGUAAUUGCCAAGAGGAUGAAGAUGACCAACUAUUCUAGUAGCACAAUGAAGUCAGAACUUGAAAAGUAUCUAACUGAAGAGACUGAAGACACUGAUACAAAGAUUGACAUACUUUUUUGGUGGAAGGUAAAUGCACAUAGGUUUCCUAUUUUAGCUCACAUGUCCCGUGAUGUGCUUGCUAUUCCUAUCUCAACAGUGGCUGCGGAGUCCGCUUUUAGCACGAGUGGACGUAUCUUAGAUGACUUUCGUACAUCGCUAACUCCUUUCAUGCUGGAGGCACUUGUAUGUACCCAAGACUGGUUGAGAAGGACUACUCCAAUCAACAUCCAAGAGAAUAUGGAGGAAUUAGCCAUGAUUGAAGCAGAUUUAAUUGAAGAAUUUGGUGGGAAAGGGAAACAAAAUCCUACCACUUCCAAGUCUCAAGCUACACCAAGCAGCAGUAGAUGCCCUCCCUCUAAAUCUGAUGAAAGACCUGCUACUUAA